CAUAGUUACUUUGUCUGUGUCUUUAAGAUCUGACGAAUAAUUGUAAAACGAGUUGAGUGAAUGUGAAAUGUCUAUUUUCUAGGCUUUUGUAAUUGUCUGCAGUAUUCAGUUCUUCAGCCAGUGAUUUAUAUUUCAAUUUUCUAUCAAAGACUUGAGAAGACCUGUGGAGAGCAAGAAACUCAAAGACUCUCAAGAAGAAACCGGUUUCAAAGAAGAAAGGUAGAUGACGGGCCAAAUUGUUACCAUUGAUCUAGUACCCGAAGAUACUGUGGGAAAACUCGAAAUGGUUCAUUCCAAGCAGGGUCGAUGUGGGUCCAGUCAUAUACCUUGGGAAGAGAUCAGAAAGAUGACUUCAGUAGUGAAUCUCAGGGUGAAGGAAGGGGCGGAGCUUCCAAACUUCAUGUACUCCAAUAGAGAAGGCAAAGAUGGAUCUCCCAAAGUAAGGGUGUUUGACGAUACAGGGGCAGAGAUACAAGGCAUGCCAACUAAGAGUUGGAAAACAGCCCUGGUUGAAGUCAACCUUGGGGAAGGAUCCAAGAAGAGCUCGAACGCUCCUCAAAAAAAAGGGUUACCGUUACCUUAUAACCCUCAUAGCGCAAGCAAUAAGUCUUUAUCAGUGGAUAAAAAGCCAUUGAAGAUUUAUUUCGGAAAGGGAUCGAAUUUGAUCAUCUUGAAGGAAGGGCUAGUAGAAGAUGAGGAGGAAGCAGAUGUAUUAGUUAAUGCUGCCGAUGAAUAUCUUAGCCACGGGUCAUCCACGAAACUUAAAACAAGGGCAUUACAGGAUGAAUCAAAUAAACCAAUGCAACAAAUAAAAUACCCCCUAAGAGAGGGAGAUAUAGUCUUACAAAAAAUAGGAGGACCGAACGGUAAACCCGUAAUACAUGCUGUCGGGCCUCGAAAAGGCAAGAGACAGGAAUCCGAAGAAGAGCUAAGGGCCGUAAUGACUAUUGACACAAUAAUAGAUCAAAUUUGUGCGUCAGCUCGAAGUAAUAAAUAUCGCAUGAUAGCCAUGCCCAUAAUAUCGGGAGGGAUGUUUGGAUUUAAUGAGGUCAAAAUGGGGACGUACCUCGUAAUGGCACUGUUGAAAAAGGCUGAAAAUUGUCCUGGAACAUGGAUUGUGUGUCACCCAGAUGCCAAAGUAUUGGUAAAUGUAAAAUGCUGUGUGAAUCAAAAUGAAACAGCUGGAGAAGGGAGGUCAGAUCAGAUUACAAACCCGAGGCAGAAAUUGACUACCCUAAUAACAGAGGUCUUAGAAUACAAACCAAAUCCGUUAUUAGGGAGCGUAAAGACUUCUCAAGGGAAAAACGGACAGGUAGUAAACCCUUAUCCUAAAAAUGGUAAGAGUUGGGAGACAUUUACACUUGGCAAAGGAUCGUACAGACCCGCACACGCAAAAAGUAGAAAAAAAGAGCCCCUCUCAGAUAAAAUCGACCAAAUGGAUACAGAAUUCGCACCCGGAAUAACACACGGUCAGGUUUGGCGUUUGCUUCAUGAAGAAGACACUAUGACAAUUUUAGCUGAAACCACAUUGACUCAAAGAGCCAAGAGAGCCAUACUGGCACAUAAGGACUUGACAAACCGAGCAGCCUUUGAGAGAAUAAUAAUGAAAUCUGUGCACCUUCAUGACGCAGGAGAAGACAACCCAGAUAGUGAAGACGAGACAGAUUCAGAUUAUGAGAGAUUGGUUGCUGAGAGACCAAUAAGGGUGCCACGCACACCAAGAAAGUUACGGCUCAAAGAGAAAACCCCAGAAUCUGUUUACCAAAACGCCUCGAAUGAAGAUCAACCUGUUGGGGCUAAUAAUUUCAAUCAGCGUUUGAAAUUGUUUCUAUUAGGAACACUUGGUGGAGGACAUCAGACCAAGAAAGAUGAAGUGGUGAAAAUAAGACCUAGCCUAACCUUAGAAGAGCUCAUGAAAAUGGAUUUACACAUGAAAAUGCUGAGUAGGGCUAAGUUAGAAAGUACCACAGUUAGAGGAAAGAUCAAAGAUUUAGUCCGCUAUGCAGAAAAGUUCGGAAUGCCAAAAGAAACCAUCGACUUACACAUUUUAGCUGAAUUUGGGCUAGAUGGUGGGAGAAAUAUGGGAAAAUUUUUGGAAGAAAUCGAACAGAAUCGCUUUGAGCAAGUAUUGACCUCUAUAGGAGGACUGUCAGUGUGGGAGGAAUUGGCACGCAAGGGUCUAAGUGUAGAAGGACUUAUAAAACUAAUUUUUCAGGCAAUAAGGAAAUAUAGCAUAGAUGAAGCGGAGGAUUUUUUUUUAUAUUCGGAAACAUCCACAGCUGAAAAAUCCAAGAGUAAACAGCAACAACCGAGAAAUCAGACUAGGAGAUCUGGUCGGGGACCGAAUAAUCGAUACGAAGCAGGAGACAGAUCGCCAUCACGCCCCGGGCGUAAAGCAGAAUCAAAAUGGGUAAAAUCAGGGGAAAAUAGUAGAGGAGGCCAAAACAAUAGGGGUUUUAAAAAAAGUAGAGAGAAAUCAAAGCCCAGGGCAGAAAGAAACGACAAUGACAGAGAGAAAGGAAGUUAUAUCAGCCCUGAGAAAUGGUGGAAGCUCACUCCAGAGGAGAGAUCCCAGAUCUUACUGGAAAGAGGGAAAAAAAGAUAAGACACCAAGAAGAGUGGGCAUUAUAAAAACCCAAACUAGCAUGGAAAGGGAUAUUUCAGAAGAAUAUCCAUAGUUAAUACAGUAAAAAUAACUGUAUGCUUCUUUUUACUAAAUCUUUUCUUAACUUUACUGAUGUAAACAUCAAGUAAACAUUUAUU